UCAAUCGCUUCAGGUUCUCAGUGUGAUUUGUUUCCAGGUUCGUUUCUCCUUCUAUUCAUAUCUAUUUGUCAUCUCGAUUCAGUUGAAAAUCAUCAAAAAGCUUAUUCUCCUUCGCAGUAAUGAUACGUUACGAUUCGCAGAAACGCUUCUCAGAAACACUUCUAAGUCUAUCAAUUUCGUCGCUUCGAGUGUAAGCGUUUCUCAUCUCACUGUGUUUCUCAUCUUAUUUUCGUUCUAACUCAUUUAGGGUUUUUGGCUGAAGCGCUCUCAGUCUCACACGAAGCUCAAUCUUCAUUUAAUUUGGUGUAAGCGGUUUAUCUCAUUUGAUUUAGGGUUUUUGUGUAAUCUCCAUAUCGAUUCCUAUCUUCUCAUUCAUUCUUUUCACGAAAUUUCAAGAGAUCGCUUCAAGAAAUAACUUCGAGGAUUCGAUUGGCAUUCUAUUCAUCAAAUAGCUUUAAGAUGCCGCGUAAGCACAUUUAUCAUGCUGAUUGUAUAUUGCCGUGGCUGGAAUUGCAUAAUUCCUGCCUUGUUUGUCGUCAUGAGUUUCCAACAGAUGACCCUGACUAUGAGCAGAGGGCUUGUGGCGGCGGAGGUGGUUCUGGUGCUGCUGGUGGAGAUGAUUUUGUGAGUAGGUUUAGGGUGUCUUUGCUGAUUAUGCCAUUUAGGGUACUUCUGUUGUGGGGACAAGUAAUGCUGGGAAUAUUGACAACAGUGAUAAUAGCAAUAACAAUAGAAAUAGUGAGCAUUCCAACACCGAGACCAGACAAGGAGAUCUCGACUGAGAAUCAGUCCUCUUUCAUAUGCUGAAUCAAUGAAAAAAGUUGCCAUGGCUGAAGUAUGAUAUGAAGCAUGCAGAGUAUCGUGAAGAUAAGAAGCGUGAAAAGACUGCUGCAUAGGAGUUUGAAAAGGCUGCACUUUUA